AUGACCGGUGACAAGGUUGAAGUGCACAAUGAGCCUUCAUCCAUACUGAGCGAUGGUCAGCGAGACGACAGCAACGGAACUGCCCCCAAUCACUCUCAACAGGCCGCGGCGAACGCAGCAGAGGCGGCGGCCACAGCCAACGGCGACCAGGCACAGCAGCAGCACCACUGUCGCAAUAACUGCUUAUCAAUACGAACUUCAGAGAAGAGCAAGGAAAACAAAAUGCAACUAUCCUCUAUAGAGAAUUACUUCAAUGGUGAAAAUGAGCCUCCUCCGACGUUAGAGGAGAUUCGCAGUUGGGCCGACUCCUUUGACAGGCUGAUGAGAACGAGCACCGGUCGGAAAGUGUUUCGCGACUUUCUGAAGUGCGAGUACAGCGAAGAGAACAUCAUGUUCUGGCAGGCGUGCGAGGACCUGCGCAAGUGCACCGACAGUGAUACGAUUGAGGAGAAGGCGAGGAGCAUCUACGACGACUUCAUAUCGAUACUGUCGCCAAGAGAGGUGAGCUUAGACUCUCGCGUUCGCGAGAUCAUCAACCGGAACAUGCUGGAGCCGUCGCCGCACACCUUCGACGAGGCGCAGCUACAGAUCUACACGCUCAUGCACCGUGAUUCGUACCCUCGCUUCAUCAACUCGCCCGCCUAUCGGAAGCUCGCACAACUGCCCACGCCCAGUCGAAAGGGCAGUGCCGUCUGA